GCUGGUUUCGUCCGCUUCUACUAGGAACAGCAAGUGUGGUUGAGUUUUAUUAGAGGAAAAAGAAUCCGGCGGCACUCUGAACGUCCCGGAACACCAAACCGCAUGCCAUGCCAUGGCUACUCCACUAUGAAAAGUAAGAGCCUUGAAAGCGCAACCGACUCGUGUCCUGGAAAAGGCUUGUGCACCUCCACACAGGACGUCGAUGCGGAUGACCGAUAAAACUAGUAUUUCAUCGCAUUCUCUCGUCGACUUCGCAACGGAUGAAGACCCUUGCGCUUGUGGUCUCGCAGCAGCUGCGAGCACUGUUUCUCCUGCUGCUCGUAGUACAGGUAGCUCCAGAAACGCAUGGCGCACUCGCAGCGGCGUCAGCGAAAGCGGACCUCCGGCUCGCGGAUCGCAGACAUGGACAGGACAAAGGCUUUAUCGAAGGAAAUACGACAGGAAGGGGGCGCCAGGGUGUCGCGCACCGAAGGCAUAUUGACACUGCUACGAUCGAAAACCACCCUAACCACAACCGUAGCUGCUUCAAUCAUGGUUCUGAGCUACUACAGGGUACUACAAUUUGUAACUGCGGAAAGCAAAAAUCACUAUGUGCAACUUGCUCGAACAAAUAAAAGGCGCGGUGGGUGAUAUCAAAGCUAAAAAAGAGCUCGCCUGGGUAACAGAGCUUGUCAGGCGCCUGGCCGGGCGGAGAAAAGCUCGAGAAGUAUAUGUGAUUGUAACAACCCUCUUGUGUGCACAACUGCGUGGCGCCGUCUGGACUGAUGACGCGCUUCCUGUCGUGUCGCAUACUUGUGGACCUUCGACCUCUGACAUUCCACGACUAUGACUGCGUCCACCUGGGACCUUCGCCGUUGCUAGAAAACCGGAGCUGGUCGGAAUGGCUCCAGAUUUUCGAGCGGGAACCAGCGACGCAGUGGAUCACCGCGAGCCACGAUUUUCUGCAGAUGAUCGACCGGCUCGACAUGGAAGAGUGGGUUGUAUUGCGGCACGAGUGCCCCUACGGCUUUGCCAGCUUUCUGUCGGUGUACCUGAUGCAAUGCAUGCUGCAGACCAAACGCACCUACUCAGACUACGAUGAGGACUUCUGGGCCCAGGUUCGCGAAGAGAAUGCUCUGAACAAAGACGGAGAUGAGACCACGCCAGAUCCUGCAAACACCGGAGGACACCAGGAGGCGCAAGAUGACCGGUUCCCCGCUGGGCCCUUGCUAAGCAAGGCGCGAGAAGACGAGAUGGGGUGCUACCUGUCCUUCCAAGUCGCGAACUUGUUUCAUUCUAUCCUCACGGAGCACCCUCCUCGCAUCUUGUUCGGGACCCGGUGGCCCAUCCUGACCAUCCUGAGCGCCCGCAACCUACAGCAUUCGCUACUAGCGCACGACUUCUGGUACAGCGCCGAAAAAAAUUGUCUCGCCAUCCCGGAAGACCAGGCGACCGCGAAUUGGCCGAAGUUGCAGCGCGCAUUUUGGGCGGAGGAGGAGGCAGUAGACCUUUUUCUCAGCCAAUCUGAGAAAGUUGUAUCCUCUUCCUCUGCUAGUAGAAGUACUACCGGUAGCACUUCUAGUAGCCUCCUCAGUCCACGAAUCGACCGCCUCGCGAGGUCAACCUCGCCGAAAACGAAUCCGCGGCGCCUCAACAGGGAGUGGUACCUGCCCAGCCUCAACUUCGUCUUCCACAGCCGCCUCAAGCACGGUGGGGGCUUCGCCGAGUGCCCGCUGGGCUACUUUUUUGUCGAGGUGCUCCGCAGCUUCACCUCAAUGACCUCCGAGAGCCGGUUCUUCCUCGCUCACGAACCUAUGAUCGCACAGAUAUGCAUCAUGGUAAAGAGUGUCUAGUAGUUCGGGCGACAUAAACUGCUAAGCGAUGAAAAAGAACGACGCAGAAUUACUAGGGAGUAGAUGAAAACUACUUACUUAUUUGGAAGGAAGUAAUUCUUCUCUGCGUAGUUUUGAUACGAUAAGAAAUUUUGGUUGUUCUUGUUCCUGAUCAAUUUACUUCCGCCCUGAGCCGGACACGGACACACUUGCUCUGAAUACGACUUGCUCCUGAAUAACGAGCCCGGUAAUUACCUGUUCACCCGCUGGCCGUUCUUCAUGGUGUUCAACCACAUCCGGAAGAGCACGAGACACAAGUUUUAUUUCGACUUUUCAGUCACUGAGCUCCUAGACAGCCGGACCGCCUUCGUGCACCGCCGACUGAACGGUCGGGGGCGGUCCGUCGACUUCCGCACCCAGCUGCCACCAAAAUUCCUGCACGUCACCACCUCCGUGGCUGGGCUACGUCCUGGACACGAACCGACCUCCCAUGCGGUGGAUACGGCUGGUGGAACCGCUGCAGAAGUAGACGGAGAGCUGUUGGACGAGGCAGCACAGAAAGAAGUGGUCGUCCUGGUGGACGAGGAACCACUAGGGCCUGCCGACGUUCCCCUCGAGGGUACUGCGAGUGGCAAGCUGCAGUACUUGGCGACCCGUGGAUCCGCGUUGCAUCGGAAUGUGGUGGAGGUCUUGUCGCUGAUGCCCGACGUCUGGGUCGGGGGCAGCCGAGUCUCACGGCCCAAACGCCCCGCAAACAUGGAUGAUGAGGAACAAGAAAAGGAAGUACAAUCUAGUUCUUCACACGACGACGAGCAGGACGAGAACCACCUCGAAACAACUACAACAAAUAAUCCAGCCAUCAAGCAAGAACUAGAUGAAGAUGAUGACUUCGCAACUUUUCCCUCCCCGGGCUUCGCGUACACUACCAUGGUGUACGGGGAGACUUUCCGGCACUAUCUGCCCAGCUUCAUCCGGCGCUGGAAGCGGGUGACGGGCAAGGAGAACCUGUUGAUCUUCACGUUUGACGACGCCUCGUACAAGGAGUGUCGAAAGUGGCAGACCGGCUGCGUCGGCGGGGGCACGCCGGGCAUCAUGCAGAAGUUCACGAUCCCCUGGGUGCUGGCGCUGAACGACGUGGACGCGGUUUGGGUGGAUUUUGACGUGUACCCCGUGCAGGACCCCACGUUCUUUUUGCUGCAGCACCAGAACUAUCAAAUGCAAAAAUGUCUGGGUCUGGAAACUUGUGAUGCUGGGUGGGGUAUCAUGAGGCGGCCACAAGUGCUGGCUCAGCAUCACAAGUUUCUGAGCUUCUAGGUGUUGCCUAUUCUGAGUGACAAACUGCGUUUCUGCAUGACAGAAAGAUGGGGCUCUUGGGUAACGUGCAUGACAGACUUUGGGGUCAUGCUGGCAGAGCAUGAAAGACCUUCCAUUCUUCCAGACCCAGACACUUUUACAAUCCAUAAGAACCGGGCGGCGUUCGAGAUUCUGAUCAGCGGUUCCUUCGCCACCCCGUGCAUCUGCAACGGGAUCGUGUACUUCCGCAGCACGGAGGCGGUGGUCCUGUGGCUGGUGGACGUGCUGCACUGGAUGUACGACCACCCCUACGAGCACGACCAGAAGUGCUUCUCCGCCUACUUGAACUACACGGAGCCGGUCACCAUGCGGUGGGACCAGCUCCCGCGGACGCAACCCGCGGUGCCCCGUUGGGACACGCUGGAUCCCAUCCAGCAGUUCGUCACGGCGCUGGUCGUAGAAGGCAACGGGUGGAUGGGGGACUCCUGGCGCGACAUGGUGCUCUUCCACUUCCUGCACGGUGACUCGGACAAGGGCUCCGACCUGGACUCCUCCGGGGCGUGGCUGCAGGACUCGCAGCUGUACGCCAACAUGAUCCGAGCCGAGGAACAAACGGGUGCAGAAGCAGGAGAAAUGACGACGAGUGCAAAUAAUAAUCUACCUUCACCCAACGGCGCUACUGCCGAGCUGGAGGUCGUGCCUCUUACUACGGAACAAAAAAACGUCACGCUCAUGUAUGGCUUGCUCAGAUGUUACAAUCUCAAACGUUACAAUACAUAGAACCUGGAAUUUGUCUUGCAUGAACAGCAUGAAAACCAUACAGAGACUUGGGCUUUUCGCAAUACAAAUUUCGUCAGAUUCCCAUGGGGUUUGGGGCUCCGAAACUUGUCAUGCGCGCUCCUUUGGGAGUAGGCCAGAUGUUGCGCAUUUUGCAACACAAAUUCCAGAUUCUAUUGUAACGUUUGAGAUUGUAACACCUGAGCGGGUUAUAUCAUGGAAACGUUCUAUGGACCGCGCUCCACCGAGGAGAAGCGCGUGCAGGCCCUGGAGCGGUCGCGGCAGUUUGAGCGAGUAAACAUUCUGGAGGGCAUGACGUGCGGCGUCAUUGCCUACCCCUUGGAUGAUCUGGCGGGGAAGCACAAGCCGCCGGACGAGUGAGCCGCUACCUUUUGAAUCCAUCUAAGUAUCAAUGUAAGUAUGUAAGUUAAUAAUUCGUAAGUCAGGACCAGGAAUCGUCACAAUCCAAAGAAACGAAGUAUUUGCCCACAGCCGAGGGCAAAACCGACCUCGGAGAGAUUCAUUUACUUAUUUCAGAGCAAGUUUAUUUUACUUGAUGCAGUUGCGGCUUGAUCACGAUGGACAAUUUCCUUUGCUUUUCUACGACU